UUCUAUGUUAUAGUGGUGGAAAAGGGGGAGCAAAUUCAGGGAAAAACUUUACACAGUGCCAGGAGGCAUAGUGUGAGAGAGAAGAGAGAGAAACAGGUGAAUCAUAGAGAGAGAAAUUAGGAGAGAGGAGCAAAAUUGCAAUUUGGGUUUUGGUUUCUCUUUAAUUGGAUUUCAAUUCAUUUCAAAAUUUGGCAGGAAAUUGCACACUUGUAAGAAUCAUGGGGUCAUGGGUCAGCAAAUCUCUAGGGUUUUUAAGGGUUUCUCUCUCUUGGGUGCCCAGGUACCUCCCCCCUUUCCUCUUUCAUUAACGGUGCUGACAGUCUCAUUAACUCAAAACCCUAAUUAUGUAUCUCUAUGGUUGAGUCAUUAUGGUGUUUAUGUUAUUUUUAGGGCAAAGAGAUAGAGCUUAGGCUCUUAAGAAUAGGAUGUUACAGAGAUUCUCUUGGUGAAUUUCCAUUAUAAAUUCAGUUCAUUGGAGCUCCUUAGGGCAGAAGAGCGCCAUUGUUUUCCUUAAAAUUUCUUCAUUUUGAGGGAGUAAAAACUAGUCUCAAAAAACCAGAGUGAAGAGAGAGAGAGAGUAGUUUUAAGGUCUUAAGCAAUGGCGGCUGGCUCACCUCUUUUGGGUUGCUUUGAAGAAGACCAAAGCUCCUUGGCCUCAAAAAAUCAUCUCAAUACUUCAUCUGCAAACUCAUCAUCUUCAGCUGGAAACAACCCUGCACAAAAGAGGAAGAGAAAUCGUCCUGGAACUCCAUAUCCUAAUGCUGAAGUAAUUCGACUGUCACCUGAAGAGCUGUUGGCAACAAACAGGUUUGUAUGUGAGGUAUGUGAAAAAGGUUUUCAAAGAGAACAAAAUUUGCAGCUUCAUAGAAGAGGCCAUAACCUUCCAUGGAAAUUGAAGGCGAAAUCAACAAAGGAAGCAAGGAAGAAGGUUUACCCAUGUCCUGAGCCCACCUGUGUUCACCAUGACGAUUCCAGGGCCCUCGGUGACCUCACAGGGAUCAAGAAACACUAUUGCAGAAAGCAUGGGGAGAAGAAGUUCAAGUGUGAAAAGUGCUCCAAAAAAUAUGCAGUUCUCUCUGACUGGAAAGCCCAUACAAAGACCUGUGGUACAAGGGAGUACAAAUGUGAUUGUGGAACCAUCUUCUCAAGCAGGCGUGACUGCUUCCUAUCACACAGGGCAUUUUGUGAUGCAUUGGCUCAAGAGACUUCCAAGGUCCCCAUAGCAUUAAACACCACCGGAAGCAACCUAUAUAACAGCCUUGGCUUAGGCUUAUCCAAUGUUGGCUCUUCAAUUUCUUCUCUCUUGGAUCAAAACCCUAAUGGAGGAAACAACCCUCAAAUCCAAGGUCUUGGAAGAAAUGGAGCCCCACAAUCAUUUGAAAGCUUGAUUUCACCUUCAAAUCAAGCAUUCUUCCCCUCUUCAACUAUCCAAACUUCUUUCAAUGAAAACUCCCAAAACAAUGGGCUCCUCCAAAAUAGGUCUCCUUCCAAUUCUUCAAAUGGGUUUCUUCAAUUCCCCCAAAACAAUACUUCUCCAUCCUCCAUUAAUAUGUUUGUUCCCUCCAUCUUCUCCAAUGGCCCUAGUAAUGGUUAUUAUACUAGUGAUAGCUUCAACUACACUACACAAAGUGAUGUGAGCUCAAUGUUCUCAUCUAAUUUCAUGAGUGAUCCUCUAGGUUCUAGUGUUUCUUCACUUCUUAGUCAAAGGAUUCUUGGAGAGAGUUUGUUCCCUCACAUGUCUGCAACUUCUCUACUCCAAAAGGCGGAAGAAAUGGGGGGAACAAGUAGUCGAAUUGGUGUCAGUUUUCCCCCAAAGAAUGCUAAUUUUAUCAGUGGAAGCAGUGGGAUUCAGACUGUUGCUAAUUUAAGCAGUGGGAGCGAGACGAUGAUUCAAAAGUUCACUGAUUUUAGCAGUGGAAGCGAGGCAAUUCAAAAGGUCACUAAUUAUAGCAGUGGAAAAGAUGGAUUUCAAAAAGUCGCUAAUUUCAGCCCUGGAAGCGAGGGGAUUCAAAGUGCCGCUAAUUUCAGCAGUGCAGCCGAGGGGUUUCAGAAGGUCCUUAAUUUUGGUGGUGGGAACGAGGGGAUUCAAAAGGUCCCCAAUUUCAAUGGUGGAGGUCAGGGGCUUCAAAAGGUCUCUAAUCUUAGCGGUGGAAGCGAGGGGCUCGGGGAACAACUAGAGAACAACCAGUCCCACCUCCUUGAGCUCAUUGAAUCUUUCACUAAUGGUUCUUCUUCUAUAUUUGGUGGCAUUUCGGGGGGACUGAUGACGCCUCCCGCUAACUUUGGCGGGGGUUAUGCCAUGGGCAAUGAUGAACAAGACAGUGGUAUUGGGGCUUACAGUGAGCCCAAUUUCUCCACCUUAGAGCAAACAGUCCAAGCUGAUUUGCACCUCACUUUGGCUGGAGACAUAUUAACAAGAGAUUUUCUGGGAAUUGGAGGGGUGGCCACAAGCUUUCAGAGUGCAAUUUCAGAUGGCCUUAACAUGGCCUCCUUGGAAGCUGAAGUGAAGCCAGGCAUGUUUAGGGGAGAGAAGUUGGGAGUGAGAGAAAAUUGGAACCAUGUUUAGGGAUCUAUUAAGAGUCAAGGAAUUGUUUGGUUUGGGUCAGUGUCAAGGUUUCAUUUGUUUUUGGUUCAGUCCAUUAGCAUAAACAGCAUAAGUGUGAUAUCUCUUUACUGGUUAGUGUUAUAAGCCUGGUGUUUUUUUC